UGGCAUGCGGAAGUGUGACAUAAAGGGGGCGCGUCUGUGCGCGGUUACAUAUGGUGACACGUGAGUGUGUUUUGAGGUGAAAGUCCGUCAAACCGCAGAGAAACAAGCUGCUGAUGAGUCCCGCUCCUCCUUUCUUACUAAAUAUGUCAGAGUCCAUCAGAAACGUUGCGAUCUUUGGAGCGACGGGAAUGACCGGUCUGGCAACUCUGCCCCUGGCUGUGUCCGCAGGGUACAAUGUGACGGUGCUAGUGCGAGACCCUGCCAAGCUGCCUGCUGACCACAAGGCUUCCAGAGUGGUGGUUGGAGACGUACUGAAUAAAGAGGAUGUGAGGAAGACCAUGGAGGGCCAGGAUGCUGUCAUCAUCAUCCUGGGCACGCGUAGUGACCUGAGCCCAACCACCAUGAUGUCUGAAGGCACCAAGAACAUCGUGGAGGCCAUGAGAGCUCGAGGGAUCCGUAAAGUGAUCGGCUGCAUGUCAGCCUUCCUGCUGUGGGAUCGCACCAAGGUCCCGCCCCGUCUGGUUCCACUGACAGAGGACCACGACAGGAUGUACACGGUGUUGAAAACGUCCGAGCUGGACUACGUGGCUGUCAUGCCUCCUCACAUCGCCAGCGACCUCCCUCUGACAGAGCGUUACAUGACAGCAGAAAACAUGCUAAAAGGAAGAGCCAUUUCCAAACACGACCUGGGACAUUUCUUCGUCAAGUGUCUGUCCACCUCAGAGUGGGAUGCCAAGACUGUCGGACUUUGGGGAGACUACAAAUGAUCCUGAACCAACCCGGCUGAUUUCCUCCACAUGCUAAAGAGAUUACAUUUCUUUUUAUUUUAUUUUGCUUUUUUUCCAACAAACAAACUGGAGAAAUUUUAUAUUUAUGUGUGCCGAGAGAUAAAUUAUAGAAAUAUGUUUGUUUUUCUUCUGCUUUGCUGUUUUCACCUACAUAAUAAUAAUUGAGCAGCUUUAGCUUGUUGUUAAUUAAUAAUAAUUUCAGUUUUAAUAAUCUGAAGUGUAUGAGAGAUAUGUUAAAACAAGUGCCAGCCUGCACAGCAGCUUAAGCUCUGUAGCUGUGUGUAUUUCUUAACAUCACGUCUGUGCUGUCACAUGAACUGUUCCUACAUAUUGAAUGUUUUGUUUCCCUCCAUGGAACCGUUUGUCAUGUGAGGCCGACAGUCGCCUCCCUUUUUACUGCUGUUGAAAAUAAAACACUUUAUUGUACAAACUGUGUUGGUGAAAG